UGGGAAAUGCGAGUAACAUAUUCAGUGUAGAAGAAACUUUGGUUCUAGUUUGACUUAUCAUAAAUGUAUUUUAUGUAUUAUUUACAAAUUUGUCCCAAUACCUUAAUUGAUUAUUUUAACCGUACACCGAUAUAUCUUUGCAAUAUAUAGAACUAUAUUGCAUGCACAGGUUCGAAUCUUUAAAAUAAAAAUAUAGGUUAUUAAUUUCGGAUUGUUAUCACGAUGGACUUAUCGAAGACAAAAAAUGACAAAAAAUUAUAUCUUUGUAAAUGGUAUUUUCGUGCUGGAUUUGUUUUUUUGCCAUUCCUUUGGGCUGUGAAUGCUGUUUGGUUUGCCAAAGAAGCUUUUGUCGCGCCGCAUUACGAAGAACAAAAGCAAAUCAAAAGAUACGUGAUAUUCUCUGCUAUAGGAGCAGCUUUAUGGUCGGCUGCUCUUUUAGCAUGGAUCAUUACAUUUCAAACACAAAGAGCAGCAUGGGGUGAAUUUGCAGAUUCUAUUAGUUACAUAAUUCCUAUGGGUGUUCCAUAACAUUGUGAUAAAAUUAUUUUUAUUUAAUUAUUAAUUUGUAACCAUAGUAAGCUUCAAUUAAAUUGGUAAAGUCUAGACUGUUGAUAAAUUAAAUGACCUAAAUACCUUGCAUCUUUGAUAUUCACCGUUCCUGAUGUGAACCACUCAGCAUACCAGAUACCUUCUCCCUGUAUACUUCUAUUAUUAGAGUUGCAAAAGAAGGGAGCUCCUUUGGGGAUAGUCCUUGGAGAUAUCCAUUAUUUAUAAAUCCAGCCCAAUGAUAUCUAUGCUAGAAUUUUCCCUCUGUCCAUUGAUGAACACAGAAGUUCCUAAUAAUUGUUCCGGUUACCUUCAUGAUGAACCAGAAAAGUCAUGUAGUUUUAAUUUAAAUUUUAUUGGAAAAACUUUGUCGAUCCAUUGAUAACAGAAGUGUUCAUUAAUGAACAUAAUUGGAUCUUGCUUACAUGGUUCUUAUACAUUCUAGUAUGAGAAUUAAUAAUUAAUAUUUGUAAACUGAUUAUUGGUCAUACUGUUGAUUUAAAAUGAAAUUUGAUAAUAGAAUUAAAUCAAAGUGAAAAUAUAAUGAGUGUCUGACUUCAGAAACAUACAGACCAAUAUGUAUAGGUUGAAUGCCAGUAAUGAUAGUUGGGAUGAGGAAAGGUAUAAUGUAAUACCACUUACUAGCAGGGAAAUGGUCCUGACUAAACAAUUUAAUUGAAGAUUACUUUACUAUGAUAUAUUUGUAAUAUAUGCAU